AUGGAGCACACUUCAUCGCCAGCGUACACCGCCACCUUGAUCGACAGCGGGCGGUGGCUCGCCCAACAAAUCGUCAGCACUCUACGACGCGCCUCGGACGGUGCAGUGCUGGCUCGCUAUAUACGGGCGUCUUACCAAGAUGACCCGGUCCGCAGUGCCUUCGAACUGCUACUCUUCCUCUUGCUCUUACGCUAUCUCCUGGCGUCCAAGUACAGCCCGAAGAAAGUAGGCUCACAUGUGGUCUUGUCGGAAAAGGAGAUUGACGAAAUGGUCGAGGAUUGGGAGCCAGAGCCGCUCGUGCAGGAGCAAUCGGAGCCACUGUUACAGCUCGAUCGAAAUCGGCCUUCGUUGCACCGAGACGCGCCGUGUGGACCGCGAACGAAACUCUGCGAUGGCAAGACUGUGACCAACCUUGCCAACUAUAAUCACUACAACCUCUCCACCGAUCCUGCACUUGUGCAAUCCGCUGUGGACACAAUUCGUACCUACGGAGUCGGUCCUUGUUCAGCACCUGGCUUCAUUGGGACUUUCGACGUUCAUUUGAAGCUGGAGCAGGACAUCGCCAGUCAUUUUGGGACAGAGGGUGCUGUCAUAUAUUCGCAGAGCUUCUCGACCAUCAGCAGCGUCAUUUCGGCCUUUUGCAAGAGAGGUGACAUUAUUGUGGCGGAUCGAGCGGUCAAUUUUCCGAUUCGCAAGGGCAUCCAGGCGUCCAGGGGUAUCAUUCGAUGGUUCCAGCACAACGACAUGGAAGACUUGGAGCGGGUGCUCGCCAGUCUUGUUGCUGAAGACCGACCUCUGACACGGAGAUUCAUAAUCACAGAGGGACUCUCGGAAAAUGUUGGUGACAUUGUUGAUUUACCAAGACUUCUCGAGCUCAAGACCAAAUACAAAUUUCGCGUUGUUUUGGAUGAAACGUGGUCGUACGGCAUCCUUGGUCGGACCGGCAGAGGAGUGAGCGAGUUGCAAAACGUCGACUCGGCCAACAUCGAUAUCAUCGUCGGUAGCCUGGCGGGCUGUCUGUCAAGUGGCGGUGGCUUCUGCACCGGGCGUAGCAUAAUGGUCGAGCACCAGCGCCUGAACUCGCCGGCCGUGACAUUCUCGGCGUCUCUACCCACAUUUCUAGCCACUACAGCAUCCGCCGUGAUCACGCGACUUCAAUCAGAAGAUGGAGCAAACGACAUCCGAACUCUCCAAGAGCGCAUUACGGUUCUACGCCUUCAACUUCAAGAGAGUGCCUGGGUCUACUGCACCAGUGCACCCGACAACCCUGUCAUCCAUCUGGUCUUGAAGAAGGAGCACGUCCGCAAGCGAUGCCUCACACGCUUGGAGCAAGAACUUCUGUUACAAGAAUGCGUGGACGAGUGCCUGGUCAGCCAUUCGAUACUCGUCACUCGCCUCAAGACCAUGCCGAUCAUGGAUGGCCUGCAUCCGCGAGAUGUCGCAAAGGAAUAUCAACCAGACCCAGCCAUCAAAGUAUGUGCUACCACGGGUUUGUCGAAGAAAGAGACGAGCAAGGCAGGCACGGCGAUACGACAGGCGAUCACAACUGUCAUGAAGAGGGCAAAAUGGCAACGUGGAACGGCUUGA